CGGCACCGAAAUUAUCGAGGUAAGUUCUUUUGUUAUCAAACUAUAAUCAGUGAUAUCAGUUAUUAAUUUUAUUUUCAAUUUUAAAUUUCGUACCAUUGUGACAUUCUUUGCGGUUUGGUCGGCUUAUAGUUUUAUACAAUUAUUGUAUGUCUUUCUGUAUAAUAAUACUGUUAUUAGUUAUCUGUUACCUAUACGUUGUUCUGCCUGACUCGGCGACUUUAUUCUGCGUGCAGUGAGACUAUUGUUCUAUGGUUAGACAACAAUAUUAUUAAUAUGGUUAUGUUGUGUUUAGUCCAAAGUGGCAUUUAUUCCAAUAGGACAAUAAAAGCAAAAGGAUGCAGGAAAAUGUUUGUAAACUUUACGGCAUUGUUAAUAAAAUGUGGGCGACAAGAUUUGCUAAACAAAUCGAUUGGUGUACUGGCUAAGUACUACCAUGUUUGUUUGAACCAUUCUAGCAAAAAUAUGUUUUCAAGUGCCAACAAGUCUCAACUAUUACCAAAGGCAGUUCCUACAGAAUUCGAGGAAUGUUAUAAUGUAUCUGUCGAAAAAAUUGGACUAGACAUUUCAACAGUGGAUAACAAUUGUCUUGAUGAAACAGUUUUUGAUUUAUCAGUUGUCAGAAUUCUACCACCAUCUAAAGAAAAUCGAUUAAUUUCUGUUACUUGUAACAUUGUUGUUCAUACAGAUGGAUCCAACAAAAAUAACAAUAAUAGUGCCUACAUAAAAAAAUAUUCUCAACCACAACUUCACAAAAAAACUAUUGUCAAGCCAGUUUAGUAUCGCACCACAACUGUCUGGUCAGUCGUAUGUCAGUAUUUCACCGCCUUGGAAAUCUUCAAGGUCGAAAACCUUCACAUACAAAAAUUAAAAGAUAUAGAUAACUUUUACAGUACACACAGUAGUUUGGUAAAUAAUUUCUAAGUGAACUCAAAAAUAAAAUAUUGAUAUCUACAAUUAUAUUAGAAAUAAAAAAUGAGA